UGACAGCAUAACGAAAGUUGAGGGCGUCUCAGCUGUCAAAUAGUCACACUUACAACUUUUUAAAUCCGCCCAUUCUGAACUCGUGCGGACAAAAUAUUUCCCCCAGCUAUUUCUGUGAAACACUUUGGAAAUUAACAGUCAAGGACCAUGGAGCUGGAUAUUUCUUUCCCUAUCACCUCGGCUGAUGACUUUUAUGAUGACCCCUGCUUCAACACCAGUGACAUGCAGUUCUUUGAGGAUCUGGACCCCCGACUGGUGCACGUUAGCCUGCUCAAGGGAGACGAGCACCAGCAGAACGAAGACGAGCACAUCCGUGCGCCAAGUGGGCACCACCAAGCAGGCAGAUGCCUCCUGUGGGCAUGCAAAGCCUGCAAAAGGAAAACCACCAACGCAGACCGCAGGAAAGCUGCCACCAUGCGUGAGAGGAGACGACUGUCCAAAGUCAACGAUGCUUUUGAAACCCUGAAGAGGUGCACGUCCACGAACCCCAACCAGAGGCUGCCAAAGGUCGAGAUCCUGAGAAACGCCAUCAGCUACAUCGAGUCCCUACAGGCCGUGCUGAGAGCGGGAGGACAGGAAGACAGCUACUACCCGGUGCUCGACCACUACAGCUGUGACUCGGACGCAUCCAGUCCCAGAUCCAAUUGCUCUGAUGGCAUGGCUGACUUCAGUGGGCCAUCUUGCACUUCAAGGAGAAGAAACAGUUAUGACAGCGCUUACUUCAACGAAACACCAAAUGAUUCCAGGAGCGAGAAAAGCACAGUGAUUUCCAGUCUGGACUGUUUAUCGAGCAUUGUGGAGAGAAUCACCACAGACACUUCUCCCUCUCCCACGGUUCAGGAGGGCUCGGAGGGUAGUCCGUGCUCUCCCCAGGAAGGGUCUGUGCUGACCGAGCCGGUUGCACCGGUCCCAUCACCGACCAGCUGUAUCCCCGCUUCGCACGACCCUAACACAAUUUACCAAGUGCUGUGAGGAUAUCGUUAUGUCAGACCGAAGAGUAAACCAACGUGCAGCCUGACUUUCCUUACUUUAAACCGAACUUAUUCCUGUACACACAAAAUUCUCUGAAGACUUGCCUGUGUUCUGAAGGGCUGCUUCCACUCACGUUGGCCUAAGAGCAAGUCUGCGGUGUCCAAUAUCUUAAACGAACACUAUUCCUGUUUUAAUCUUCAGCAAUGAUGCGUCUUUGUUGGUGUGCGUGUGUAUGAAUGCACUGUGCAUAGCCUAUGUCUAGGGCCUAGGUGUUACAAUUUUCUUUUGAAGAUCGAAAAGUUGGUGGCACUAAAAGAAGUAGAGAUGAAGUAUGUAUUUGUUACCCUGCAUGUAGACAGAUGUAAUUAUACAUGGGGAAUUUACUACUGGCUAGCAGCAGUGAUGACCAAUAGCUAUGUUUUGUUCAACACUGAUGUCAUCAUUCGAUUCCUCUGCUUACCAAAGAUUUCACACGGAAAUGAAUGGAACACGAGGACCAUUUUGUAUAUUUGUAAAUAAGAGCACUGCUGAAAUCCAAAAUCUUUUCGUAUUUAAUGUUGCUUGUUGUAAGAAGCUUGUAUUGAUGUGUCAAAUGUUAAACUUUAUAUUUAUAAGGAGCGAGUGUGAGUCGAUAUUUUACCAAAUAAAUAUUUAUACAAAUUAAUUUUC